AUGUUUCAGCCUCCGGCUCUUUCGCGAGGAGGGAGACCAAGGCAGACAACGUGCUGCGCGCCGUGUCUCGCGCCCGUCAGCGCGCAGCGCGGCCGCGACGGUGGCGCAGAGUGCGUGCGGGGGUGGCGGCGCAACCGGCAGCGGGACACAAAAAAUUUUGGGGGGCUGCUGCUGUGUGCAGCUGCUGGUCUGUUUUAUAGAAACCUCACGGCUACGAAUCAAUCCAGUGCUUUUUCCUUUCGCGUCGAGGGAGACCGAGGCACAAAAUACACUGCCCGCCGCGUCUGGCACCUAGCGCGGCCGCAGUCAUGGCGCGGUGAGUCUGCGGGGGUGGCGCUGCAACCGGCUCUCCGGUACACAAGAAAAAAGGCGACCUCUUCGCGCACGAUUGGGUGUGAUCCGCGGCAUCACGUAGCUCGGUGUAGACUAGUACAAGACGCACGUAUGGCGUGCCCAAAGUCAAGCAUUUCGAAGGUGUGCGCUCCGUGCGAAGGUGGAAGCGAAUCCGGUUUGAACGUCUACACCACACGAGAGCUAGAAAAGGAGCUGGCGUCCUUACCGCUGUGGACGUCGACCCCAAACGGAGACUUCAUCAUCCGAUCAUUCGUCGCCAAAAAUUUCGUGUCAGCAAUGGCGUUCCUCAACGAGGUCGCGACCGUGGCGGAGGAGCAAGGUCAUCACCCAGACCUCCACCUGACACAAUACCGCAACGUCGAGAUACGGCUGCAGACGCAUUCGAUGGGAGGUGUGACCCAGAACGAUAUUGCGGAGGCCAGGCUGUUUGACCAACUGCCGGUGACCUAUUCGCCCAAGUGGCAACGAGAGAACCUACCGGAUUCGGCGACACCGCCGACACCAGCACCAAGCACUGCGCCUUCGUCUGCGGCACCUUCUUGA